AUGUCUGGACGGAAGGCAUACGCCUGGGCCGCAGCGGCCGAGGUUACCAGACGUGGACCCGACCCCGAGGUCACGUUUCCUGCCAAAGGGGCCGGGCGAUCCAAAAACGACGAUGCACUUGUCAUAACGGCCAGGAUUGCCAAUGCUCAAGUAAGGAGGAUCAUGAUCGACACAGGGAGCUCGGCUGAUGUACUUUAUUUCGAUGCCUUCCAGAAGCUUGGGUUAGCUAGAGAAGCUUUGGAGCCGAUGACCUUGGCGCUCACCGAGUUCACCGGUAAUUCGAUUUCGCCAUCGGGAGCGGUCACUUUGCCCCUAACCUUGGGAGUGCCACUAAGAUCGAAGACAGUGAUGUCCACAUUCUUAGUGGUUGACCUCCCCACUGCGUACAACGCCAUCCUUGGUUGCCCGACCCUCAACAAAGUCAGAGCCGUUGUCUCCACUUACCACCAAAAAGGUGAAGUUCCCGACCCAUGCUGGGGUCGACGAAGCCUGGGGAAGCCCCCAAGAGUCUAG